AUGAUUCCUGUCGCCAUGAAUAAGCUGUCGUAUAACGGCAUAGACGUCGGAUUUUCGGACUACAACGACACAUGGAGGGAGUUGAGGAAGAUCUCCACCCUCCAUCUCUUCAGCCCGAAGCAAGUUCAAUCAUCUUACCCCAUUUUCAGAGAUGAAGUGAGAAAUAUUAUGGAGAAGAUUGCUAGAGAUGCCUCUUCUUCCACUAUCGUCAAUUUCAGUGAGACGACGGAGUCGCUUAUAGGUAAUAUCAUGGUCAGACUUGUGUUUGGGAUUCAUGGAGGUGAUCGUUUCAACGAUCUUCUUAGGAAAACUCAGAUCAUGUAUUCGGGCUUUUUUGUGGAGGAUUACUUGCCUUGGUUUCGAUGGAUUGAUAGCCUCUCUGGAAUGGCUGCAGCGCUUGAUAGGGUUUUUCACAGCCUGGAUUCAUUUUGUCAAGAAGUCAUUGAAGAGCAUAUGAAUCCAAAUAGGCCUAAAUCCAUGGAAGGUGACUUCAUCGAUAGUUUGUUAAAGAUUAAAGAAAAUGGAUCCUCUUCCAUUCCUCUUACAUUAAACCACAUCAAAGGUGUACUAGUGGAUAUGGUAAUGGGAGGCAGCGACACUGUAGGAAAUGCUAUAGUGUGGACAAUGACGGCGUUGAUGAAAAAGCCUUUGGUGAUGAAGAAGUUGCAAGAGGAGAUAAGACGGUUGGCCGGAAAGAAAGAUAUGAUCGAUAAACAAGACAUAGAGAAACUUCCAUAUUUGAGGGCAGUUAUAAAAGAGGCUUUGAGAUUGUAUCCACCAGGUCCGCUAGCAGUGCCAAGAAAGACUACUAAUAAGUGUACUGUAAAUGGUUAUGAAAUAGAUGGUGAAACUAUGGUGUAUAUGAAUCUUUGGGCUAUUGGAAGAGAUCCUGCCGCGUGGGAAAACGCAGAUGAAUUCUUGCCGGAGAGGUUCUUGGAGGGUCAGACUCCGGAGUUGGUAGCGUUUGGAUUCGGGCGGAGAGGGUGUCCGGGAAUGGGAAUGGCGAUGGUCGAGGUGGAACUUGCGAUAGCAAAUUUUGUAUACAAAUUUAAUUGGGAAUUGCCGGUUGGAAUGAAGGAAGAGGAUAUUGAUUUGGAUGCUAAGCCUGGAUCAGCACUGCAUAAGAAGAUCGAUCUUUGUCUUGUUGCCACGGUUGUCAUAUAAAGUUUAGUGUUUUAGAAAGUAAUGAUCUCUGUAAAUAAGGGAUUCUAACUAAAUGAAUCCACCGCGAGAGAGUAUUUUUGAAAUAUUAUAAAUCAUCUAUGCAAAUAAAGGAUUCUAGCAAAAUGAAUCCAUAAGACAAUAUUUUGAAAUAUUAUA